AUGGUGUCGUCUCGUAAAAGGACACUGCAAGAGGCCGAGAAUGGCUCGAAAGAAGAAGACUCUCUGCUCCUUCGCUUGCGGAAUCAAUGGCACUUCGCAAACCUGUGCCAGUGGAUCUAUCUCUUUGGCAAGGUCGUCAAGAUUGAUGACAGCCUAGAUACAGAGGAUAUCGAGACCGAAUGCCUGAAGCCGAAUGCUCCUGUCCUCCAGGAUAUCGGGCUCGCCCUACUCAAGUUCGUUUCGUCGCAUCGUGGCCUCACUCACGAGCUCUUUGACGAGUACACGCGAAGGCAAUACUUGGCAAGGUCGCCCGAGAAGAACCCCUUUGGCACAGAAGAAAUCGCAGCCAAGUUCACAGACUUCGAUGUCUUGACUAAGGUACAAGUUCUUCAACAAAUGACACAAUGGGUCAUGGCUCGCCCCGAGCGCGUCAGGGAGAAGAUGGAAGAACAAAAGGACAUUGAUCAAGCUAGUUGGCGGAUAGAGCCUAUUGGCUGGGAUAAAGACGACCGGACGUAUUUUGUUCUCGACGACAACAGAGUCUAUCGAAUGACUGAACCGCCAAGCCCACCUACCCCCAAGAAGAAGCCCAAAGCUGCGAAAUACGGAUCCCGCUCAAACAAGAGACGACGCCUCUCUGCACCAAACGGCGCAGACGAUGCGGACCAGUCUGUAAAUGAACCAGCCGAUACGUCUGCUGAUACAACCGAGGACACCGGCCUCGGCAACAUGAAAUGGGAAUGCCUUGCCGUCAGCCUGGAAGAUGUACAAGACAUCAUUGCGUCUUUCCACAAAACCAAGGACGACAACGAGAAGAUCUUGCGAGACCAAUUGCAAGAGCAUUUACUUCCUAUCCUGGAGAAGCAAGAGGAGUCGAGGAAACGCAAAGAGCAGCAGCGAGAGAGAGAGUUGUUGAAUCUUGCUAAAAUGGCAAAUGCGAAGCGCUCCAGCCGUAUCGCAAAUAAGGCAGAGCAGCAGAAGCAAGAUGAGAAGGCCCAGGAAGAAGCCAAGGUGAUGCAAGUCCAACGAGCUGCAGCAAGGAAACAAGAGCAACAACAACUCAAGAUCGAGAAAGAGCGGGACCUGAGACUGGUAUCCCGAGAAAACCGACUGAAGGAACGGGAGGCUCGCCGCUUACAACAUGAACGGGAACUCUCCCAACUCUCAGAGGACAAUCGCAGUGGCUCGGGUCGUAUCUCAGAGCGACGGCUGCAAGCCGAGAUAGAGAAGAACAAGCGAGCACUGGAGGAGCUUGAAGACGAGGAGGAAGACUGGAUCUUCGAUUGCAUCUGCGGCGUCUAUGGUCAGGUUGACGAUGGUACACAUAGUGUGGCGUGCGAAAAGUGCAACGUCUGGCAGCACAGCAAAUGCCUCGGCAUCAGUGAGACCGAAGCCGAGAAGCCUGAGUUUCAUUUCGUCUGCCAGUCGUGCAAGCGGCGGGAGGAAGAAGCCGCGGCAAAACCAAAGACGACUAUCAAGCUCAAGGUCAACCGCCCAGCUGAUGCAUCUUCCUCUCCCGCCAAGCAGCCGUCCAAGGAGAGCAACCACGAGCCAAGCUCGACAGGGCAAGCAGUGGGAAAUACUUCCGAUAUAUCGAAGACGAAUGAUAUCUCAUCGACAGGGCAUGAGUCGGUUCUAAUGGAGAAGGAACCGGUGCUCGGACAAGAGACUGGGGCACCAUCAAAGUCUGCGUUCAUUAGCCGCCGCUCUGUAUCACCGACCCAACCUCGUCGGACAGAUGGAGCCAAGGAGAACAGCCCGGAACCAAAAACACCCAAGGCCGAGAAUGAUGAAGCUGAUGAUAGCCGAGCUCACCGCGAGGGUGCUGGCAAAUCCUUGGCGAACGGUAACGACCGUUUGUCUGCAAGCCCACCGCGAGCUAGAACAACGCCAGCUCCGCGGGACCUCUCAUCGCCCAGACAUGGAAACUCCAGUCUGCAAGCCACGCCCAUUAUCAGUCGCGAGCAUGGCAUCCCGGGCUCAGCACAUUCAUCAUUCACACUGCCCGCCCCUGAAGGCGGACUCUCUCCGACCAAGCAUUCUCCCCCCAUGCCCCGUCCGCAACCCCCAAGCAUCAAAACGCCUGCCCUCCCUUCCGUCUUGCCGCCUGUGGCGACGUUGUCGCCAUCUCCACGUCAGCAGAUUUUGACGCCCCCUAUCAAGCCUGUGGAGCCUGUGCGACGGCCACAGCCUCCAGGUGCAAGCCCAAGUGCGCUUUGA